GGCCAACAGGAGAGGGAAGGCUGGGUGGGGGCAGAACAGAAGGGAGAGGACAGCGGGGCAGAUCACUCUCCCGACACCUGCACCUGGUCACUUUGGUUCCCAUUCAGUCACCAGUUCCAGUCCGCUUCUCCGAUCCGUGGACCAACAUCUUGAUCACAUCACCGAUGGUUUAAUGGGCAGAAACUUUUGGAGAUUGUGGGACAAGCGUUCAGGGAUCUGAUGCCAUUUUCUCUUUCUUUUCUUUUUAUUGUUACGCAGAGGAAUGCCUUUGGAUAAAAGCGACUGAUUCGGCAUUGUUGUGUUUUUUUUUUCUCCCACGGAACUAUCAGACCUUUCGGAUUGUUUUAUUCCUGUGCAAGUCUGCUGCUGUAAGACAUUGUUUUUUUUUGGUUUUGUUUCUUUUUCCUUUACCAGUUCGGUCUCCAAAGGCGCAAAACGCGCGGAAUGCCGCGGUAACAUCUCGCAAGUUGUGGCUGUUUUCGCAGAAAUCAAAGGGCUGUCAUAUUUUCCAGAGCAGGUGUGAAGAUUUGGACGUUAUUCUCUGCUGCCUAACUACGCGUCUCGUCUGAGGAGGCUGCAGGCCAGGCGUCUGAUCAGAGACAUCAGAGAGAAUUUAGAUCUCUGUGGGCUACCUGCAUGACUGUUACCAUGACAGCAUCUGGAGCCCAGCUCCUCCUGUUGGCCCUGUGUGUUUACAGAGUCUGGGGCCUGCAGCAGUCUGCGCCGCGGGUUCGCCUCUCCUUCAAAGAACUCAUGGACACAAAAGCAGCGCGACCCUUCAGUUUUUCCUUCAACACCAGCGACUACAGAAUCCUCCUCAUGGAUCAGGACCAGGGCCGCCUCUACCUGGGCAGUCGGGAGUACCUGGUUGCUCUGGACAUGCACAACGUCAACAAAGAACCGCUUAUAAUCCACUGGCCAGCCUCUGCAAAGAGAAAGGGAGAAUGCCAGAUGACAGGAAAGGGCAGACAGGGUGAAUGUGCCAACUUUGUGAGGUUGAUUGAGCCGUGGAACCGCACCCACCUCUACACCUGCGGCACAGGGGCGUACCAACCCAUCUGCACAUUCAUCAACCGAGGCUGGAGGGCAGAGGACUACCUGUUUAGACUGGUGUCUGGUUAUAUGGAUUCAGGGAAGGGAAAAUGUUCCUACGAUCCUAAGCAGGAGAAUGUUGCCGUUUUGAUCAACGGAAACUUGUACGCAGGUGUACAUAUUGACUUUAUGAGCACAGACGCUGCUUUAUUUAGGACCAUGGGAGGGAGGACAGCAAUCAGGACGGAGCAGUAUGAUUCCAGGUGGCUCAACGAGCCGGUGUUUAUCCAGAUCCAGCAGAUCCCUGACAGUGCAGAAAAGAAUGAUGACAAGCUUUACUUCUUUUUCCGGGAGAAGAGUCUAGACACCAGUGGUGGGGCGAGCCCCACGGUUUUAGCCCGGGUGGGGAGAGUGUGUCUGAAUGAUGAAGGUGGACAGAAAUCCCUGGUGAACCGCUGGACGACAUUCCUGAAGGCGCGUCUUGUCUGCUCGGUUAUAGGAGACGACGGAGUCGAGACGUCGUUUGAUGAACUACGAGACGUGUUCAUUCAACCAACACAGGAUGAAAGAAACCCCAUGGUGUACGCUCUGUUCACCACAGCCGGCUCUGUAUUUAAGGGCUCAGCAGUUUGCGUAUACUCAAUGGCUGAUGUCCGCAACGUCUUCAAUGGACCGUUUGCCCACAAGCACGGCCACAACUACCAGUGGACAGAAUACACUGGGAAGAUUCCCUAUCCACGGCCUGGAACAUGUCCAGGAGGAACCUUCACUCCAGGCAUCCAGUCGUCCAAGAACUUCUCUGAUGAAGCUGUGAAUUUCAUCCGCUCACAUCCCCUCAUGUUUCAUUCAGUGUAUCCUAUCCAUCGCCGCCCCCUGGUGGUGAAAACCGGGGUGGACUACCGGUACACGGCCCUUGUGGUCGACCAGGUGGACGCAGUGGAUGGGCGCUAUGAGGUCCUAUUUUUAGGCACAGACCGAGGCACAGUGCAAAAAGUCAUCGUUUUGCCCAAAGACCCAACAACCAUGGAGGAACUGACUCUAGAAGAGGUUGAGGUUUUUCGGACCAGAGUUCCUGUUAAAACAAUGAAGAUUUCUUCAAAAAGACAACAGCUGUACGUGUCAUCGGACGCGGGGCUGACGCAGGUGUCGCUGCACCGCUGCGGCGUGUACGGCAGGGCCUGCUCUGACUGCUGCCUGGCCCGUGACCCCUACUGCGCUUGGGAUGGAGAGAGCUGCUCUGCCUUCACCCCUUCUACCAAAAGGAGGAGCAGAAGACAGGAUGUAAAGCACGGUGAUCCACUAAGACAGUGCAGGGGCUUUAAUGCCAAAGUGGAGAAACGUCUGAGAGAGACGGUGCAGUUUGGGGUGGAGGGCAGCAGUACUUUCUUGGAGUGUCAGCCUCGCUCCCCUCAGGCCACAGUCAAGUGGCUUUACCAGAGGGAGGGAAAGAGGAAAGUGCUGAAUCGUGUUGGAGGAGUUCUGAAAACCAACCAGGGAAUCCUCCUGAAGUCUCUCAACCAAUCAGACGCGGGGCUCUACCACUGCCUCGCCACCGAGAACAACUUCAAGCACACCAUGGCCCGCGUGGCUUUGCGCAUCCUGGAUCGGGACAUCGUUUUGGCACUAACUGCUCAGGACGAGGACGAAGAGCCAAAAACCCGCCAAGCAGGGGCGUACCCUCAGUCUCUCGUCUCCUCCACACCUUUCCCACCUGAGAUCAGACUGAUUAACCAGUACUGCCAGUCUUACUGGGACCAAGUCAACCCCAAACAGCAGCAGCGGAAGCGCACUAACCGCAGGCACACAGAAAGUCAGGACCAAGGUCUUGGUUAGGCGACGGGAUGGUCCAACACCGGUCUGUUUGGACUUUAUGCUGGACGUUUUAGUUCGACACACGUGUGGGUGUCACUUCCACUCAUUUCGGGGGGGGGGGAUGACGCCAUUGUUUUAUCAUUAAAGUGUUGUUAGUUUUGCAAGUUUGAACCCAGUAAAUCCAUAUUAAAUAUAGUUUACACUACUGAUGACCACAUUCUAAAUGAUGCCAUAGUUACCAAACAGCAGCUUUAUUACAGUGUAUAAUAAUGUUACUGUUGUUAAAAAAAAAUAAAAGAACUGUUCAGUGGAACAAAGCACACAUUUCACACAAACUUGGUUUUCUUUGCAAAAAAAAAAAAAAGGCUGAAUGCAAUAAUGCAAAUGAUAAGCCUAUAGUUACACAGGUAUGCUUUCCUUUAAGUAUCUCCAAACAGAAGUGUAAUAUAUUAAUUGUGAAUAUAAUAUUAACGGUCAUGACCUGUUGUUUCGGUUUCCCUGUAUUGUAUGAUGCUAUCAUGUUGAUAUAUAUGCAUAUUUUUGCAUGCAUACUGUCGUUCGUUGUACAUUUCACGGUUGCUCCCUUGUGGUGUUCUGAUGUUGGUGAGUUGUAAUGUUAAGCUAAUUCCAUUGGAUGUUGAUAUUUACUGCCCUCCCAUUACUGUCCUGUGCUUUGGUGACCUGCAGUAUGUGAGUAGUGAAGUUCUGUGUAGCGUACAGUGUUCUUCUUCCAGUUAUGCACUUUGUUGUUGGUGGCAUUCAUGGGAAAUCGGGAUCUUUGCACAGAUGUAUGACGAGAAUUUUUUUUUUUUUUCAAUGUACAGUAUGCGAUAAAAAUGGGAGCGAACCUGG